CUACUCACUUCCAAGACCCCAAAAAGCCUGCUUGAGGUAGCGCAGGCUCCAUGGCCUCAAAAAGGCACUCGCAAAACAUUUUCCAAAGUCUGGCCACUCAGGUCAAAAAUCUGACACCAUACACACACUAAAAACCCAAAGCCGCAACCCAGUUGGAGGCAAGUCCUGUCAGAGCUGCAGCGGGUUCGGGUCCGAGCACUACCGCUUCUCAGCACCGAGAAACCCCCACGGACACAUGAAACCCCCAUCUACUGCCAAGCCGCCACUGCUCCCAGGUUUCAGAGAGACUGGUAGCAGGCAUUAAGGUGCAUUUCCUGGGGCCACACAUUGAAUAAGACCAGGAUGUGUAUUGAAUGAGUUAACGGGUGAUUUUCUAUUAAUAGCUGCUAACACUAAUUGAGCGCCUGCUGUGUGCCUGUCCUUUUCUAAUUGCUUGGUAAUUUACUUGCUUAUCUUGUUUAUUGUCUCUUCCUCACUUUCAGAAUCUAAUCCUCCCAAGGACAGAAACUUUAUUUUGUUCACUGCCAGGUCCCCACCCCCACACCUCUCACAUCCCCCAACCUCCCCUCUCCACACGCACCCAUUACAAUGUCUGGCAUGCCAGAAGCUUCUUGAAGUAAUGAAUGAAAAAUUAUAAUAAAAAUGCUAAUAUUAACCAAGCACCUUCUGCAUGCUAAUCAUCACCUGUUGCUGGAAUAUCUUUGUUGUCUGUCUUCCUGACUAGAUUGUCAUAUUUUUAAGGGUUGGGGUUUGUUAUCUAUUCUCCCCCCACCCCCGCCUUCCCACACAGUAGCAAUAUGUUGAAUAUCUAGAUCAUGGCUAACGUACCUCAUAAUUUGCUUAUUUAUUUGGUUCGUUGUCACAACCUUUUAGAACAUAAAAACUCCCUGGGGACAGGAAUUUUACUCCUCACAUGCUAUAUUACAGGCAUUAUGCUGGGCUGGGGUUCAACUGUUCAAAUUUAAAAUCAAAACCGACAAAAUCCUUGCCCUCCCUCUGAAAUGGGGCAGGACUGCUAAUGAGCAGAGGGUUCCUUUUUGGAGUGAUGAAAAUGUUCUAAAAUUAGAGUAUGAUGAUGAUUGCACAACUCCAUGAAAAAACUAGAAUUCAUUGAAUUUUACAGUUUAACUAGGUUAACUUUAUGGUGUAUAAAUUAUAUGUCAAUUAAGCUGUUUUUAAAAAUCCCUGCCUUCACAGAGUUUAUGUCACAGAAGGGAAAGGGAGAAUAAACAACAUAGGUAAUAUACACAGCAUAUUAGAAGGUGAUUAGCACACACUAGGCAUUCAGUAAAUGUUGAUUCAAUGAUACCAGCUGUCCCUUGCCCCCAAAUGGUCUCCUUGCCUAACCUACUCUCCCGCCCCCCCAACACUGUUGUCUUCCUUCUCUUCCAAGUUGCAGGAUCUGCUGUGCACAUCUCUUCCCUGGGCAUGGCGCUACCAACAAAGCCUAGCAUGCUAGAUCUGAGCCUGAGCACCGGGAGCCUUAACACCCAGGAAGAGAGCCACAGUGCUCCAGCACCCUCUGAGAAUGUUCGCAAGAAGCUGCCCGAGUACAAGGCGGUGGUGGUGGGUGCAAGUGGUGUGGGCAAGAGUGCGUUGACCAUCCAGCUGAACCACCAGUGCUUUGUAGAAGAUCAUGACCCCACGAUCCAGGAUUCCUACUGGAAGGAGGUGGCCCUGGGCCAAGAGGGCUGCAUUCUGAAUGUGCUGGAUACGGCAGGGCAGGCCAUUCACAAGGGCCUGCGUGACCAGUGCGUGGCUAUUGGGGAUGGUGUGCUGGGUGUCUUCGCCCUCGAUGACCCCUCAUCUCUAACCCAGCUGCAGCAGAUGCGAGCCACCUGGGGCCCUCACUACACCCGGCCCCUUGUCCUUGUGGGCAACAAGUGCGACCUUGCGAAUACCACCGGAGAUAUUCGUGCCACUGCUAUAGCCCUUGCAAAGAGCUGGGGGGCCCCCUUCGUGGAGACCUCAGCCAAGACACGUCAAGGCGUAGAGGAGGCCUUUUCUCUGCUCAUCCUUGAAAUCCAAAGGUUCCGGGAGACCAUGGCAAAGGAGGCAGGGGCAGGUAGAAAUAAGGCCCGGCACCGGAAGAUCAUGUGCCGUUGUGGCUGUUCCUUGUGCUGAAGGUCUUAGUCAAGAAAAGUGGACCCUCCCCCAGGCCAAGGGUGGUGGUUCCUUGACAUAUGACCCCUGAGCAACUAGCUAUGUGGGACACUGGGUGUACUGAGGAUAGAUAUAGGCUCCUCUUCUGGGGAGGUUUUCAUUUGGUGAUAGGAUUUUUGGUAAUGUGGGGCAUACUGUUAUAUUCUGUCAAGUUGAAAGAUUUUGUGCAAAAUUAAAUGAUAUUCUCAGGUUUCAAA